GAGGGCGCUGAGCGCUCGCCGCGGCUCCCUGCAGCCCGAGCCGCAUGACGCGCGGAGGAGGUAGCGGGAGCCACGAGAGCCCCGGGAGCCGGGCCCGGGGCGCCCAGCGCGGGGGUUGGGCGCCGCUCGCUCCGCCCCGCCAAACCCCUGUAAGCCCAGGGACGCGAUCCCCCCGCGGUAGCCGCGCCAGGCUUCGCCGUGUGGCCGCCGCUGCCGCCACCACUGCCAUGUCCCCGGGGAAGCCCGGGGCAGGCGGAGCGGGGACGAGGAGGACGGACUGGCGAAGGAGGAGGCGGAGGCGGCGGCUGGAGGCGGCGACGAGGGCGCCCGGGCUCGGGCUCACGGCGGGGCCCGACUCGCGCGUCCCGGGCACGUUCCAGGGCGCGCGGGACAUGAAGCCUGCGGCUCUGGAGGCGCAGCCGCCUUCGCGCUCUCCCCGGCUGCGCUGGGCGCUGCCGCCGCUGUUGUUGCUGCUGCGCCUGGGCCAGGUUAUGUGCGCAGGCGACUGCUUAGGCUGUGAUUCCAUCAAAUUCAAUUCUACGGCCACUGAAAUUCAUUUUAGUGAGUCACCAGAAAACUUUUCGAUGAUAAGUGUGACCAAUUCGAGUGGCCAGAUUCUCUGGAAUCACAAGAACAUUUCAUUUGGAGGACUCGCUCCUGGGACACUGUAUCUUUUCCACUUUUCAAAUGGCUCCAGUAACUGCUGCCAAGAAGUGCACACAAAACCCAGUCCUGUGUUUGACAUUGAAGCUGUCUCCAUCAGUCCAAACAUCGUGACUCUAACCUGGAAAAACAAUGACAUGGCUGCUUCUGAGUACAAAUAUAUAGUAAAGAAUAAGAUGGAAAAUAACCAGAUGAUUCUUGAAACAAAUCAAAAAAGUUGUAACAUCACAGACUUAAAUCCAGCGACUUCAUAUACAUUCUCCAUCACUCCAGAAAUAGUUAAUGGGACUUGGGGAGAGCCCACGGACAUAAGUGUCACAACAGAGCCUAGUCCAGUCUCUGGUCUUCGCUUUGCCUUCAACGAUGGGACAGAGGUUGCUCUUACCUGGGGCAAUGGUAAUGGCACUGCCACCUGCCGGAUGUUGCUCGAAGGCUAUACGGGGUCCACUCAAGAGUUAGCAGUCAAUGUAACAGGCCUGAGGCCAGGGUUUCAGUACCGGGUUACCCUGCAUCUUCCAGAAUCAAAUGAGACCCAGAGAUACCUCCUGAAAACAGAAAGUUGCUUAGAUGCCAACAGCACAGAGGGGAGAUCAGCAGACGGCAGCCCCGAUACCCCUGAGUACAAAUACCCCCUUAGAUGUUCAGGCUCACCCUCUGACCAGGAGUUCCGAGGCACGGAAUUCCUACUUUCUGGAUUAAAGUUGGAUGCAAUGUACAAGGCCACUGUUUAUUCUCAAGCAGCAGACGGCACCGAAGGACAACUCCAAGCCAUAGAAUUUGGGAAAAACUCUAGUCAGGUUGUUAGUGUCCACGUCGUGAGCAUCAGUGCCACAAGCAUGAACCUGUCCUGGGACGUCAGCGAUAGUAUACCUUCCUCCGUCUACACCUACAAAAUCCAAGUUUUGGGGAAGACGGAUUCUUUCAGCCUCACUGUCAACGAGAGUCAUGCAGUCAUCACUGGUCUCAGCUCAAGCACUUUGUACAACAUCACAGUGCGUCCUUUACAAGACGAUGGGUCUGAGGGCCUGCCAUACUCUCUCCAAGUGUACACCCCUCCUGGUCCAGUUUCUGAUUUUCACGUGAUGAGUGUCGGCAUAAGGGAAAUUGGAUUAGCAUGGAGUAGCAAUGACUCGGAAUCCUUUAGGAUACUUACCAUGCAGGCUGGAGCUGGAGUGCCUCGGGUGGAAACAACCACUAACCAUAGCAUUGUCAUUGAUGCCUUGCACCCUGGAACCAAGUACAAUUUUGAAAUAUUUCCACAAGGACCAAAUGGGACCGAAGGGCCACCUCAAACAGUCAACAGUAGAACGGACCCCAGCGGGGUGUUUGACAUCCGUGUGGUCCAUGUCAACACAACCGAAAUGCAGUUGGAGUGGCAGAGUACAGACAACGCUUCUGAGUACGUCUACAACUUAUGUAUACAGUCUGACAGUGGCUCUUUCAAGAGAAACAGUUCUCACAAAGCGAUCACUCUAAGGGACCUCAUCCCAGGUACCUUAUAUAAUAUCACAAUCAUUCCAGAAGUGGACGGCAUCCAAGGGAACCCGAACUCCACUGCACAGUACACAUGGCCCAGCAUUGUGUCCAACAUUAAAAUAAGUACAAACACCACAGCAGCAACCAUAAGUUGGCAGAAUUUUGAUAAAGCCUCUUCUGAGUACAUUUACCACCUUUUUGUUGAGGACAGAAAUUCCAACAAAACAAGAGUCACGGGCUCUGGAAUCACCAAUGAUACAGUCCCUGAACUAAUACCUGGAUCAUCGUAUACAGUCAAGAUCUUUGCACAAGUCAGGGAUGGCACUAGGGGGGCACCUGGCUCCCAGGAAUUCUGUACAGAUCCUGCACCGGUGGCCCUCUUCCAUUGUGAGGGUGUCCCCAAGGAGCCAGCCUUGGUUCUCAGGUGGGCUUGCCCUCCUGGCUCCAACACAGGCUUUGAGCUGGAGGUCAGCAGUGGAGCCUGGAAUAAUGUGACAGAACUGGAGAGCUGCUCCUCAGAGAAUGGCUCUGAGUACAGGAUGGAAGUUACGUAUUUGAAUUUUUCUACCUCCUACAACAUCAGCAUCACCACCUUGUCCUGUACAGAGAAGAAGGCAUCUCCUGCCCAAAACAUCUGCAUCACUGGGAUCACAGACCCCCCUUCUCCAGAUGAGUCCCCUAAUAUUACAUCUGUCAGUCACAACUCAAUACAGGUCAAGUUCAGUAGGUUUGAAGCCAGCCAUGGACCCAUCAAAGCCUACGCGCUCAUUCUCACCACUGGGGAAGCCGGUCACCCGUCUGCAGAUGUUUUGAAAUAUACAUAUGAAGAUUUCAAAAAAGGGGCCUCAGAUACUUACGUGACAUACCUCAUAAAAACAGAAGAAGAUGGACGUUCUCAGGGCUUGUCCGAAGUCUUGAAGUACGAAAUUAAUGUUGGGAAUGAGUCAACCACACAUGGCUAUUACAAUGGGAAGCUGGAACCUCUUGGCUCCUAUCGGGCUUGUGUGGCCGGCUUCACCAAUAUUGUCUUUAACUCUGAAAACCGUGAACUCAUAGACGGGGCGGAGAGCUAUGUGUCGUUCAGUCGCUAUUCAGAUGCUGUUUUCCUGCCCCAGGAUCCAGGUGUCAUCUGCGGAGCAGUUUUCGGAUGUAUCUUUGGUGCCCUGGUUAUCAUGGCCGUGGGAGGCUUCAUCUUCUGGAGGAAGAAAAGGAAAGACGCAAAGAAUAAUGAAGUGUCCUUUUCUCAAAUUAAACCUAAAAAAUCCAAGUUGGUCAAAGUGGAGAAUUUUGAGGCCUACUUUAAGAAACAGCAAGCUGACUCCAACUGUGGGUUUGCAGAAGAAUAUGAAGACCUGAGGCCUGUUGGAACUAAUCAACCUAAAUAUGCAGCUGAACUGGCUGAGAAUAGAGGAAAGAAUCGCUAUAAUAAUGUUCUGCCCUAUGAUAUUUCCCGUGUCAAACUUUCAGUCCAGACUCAUUCAACGGAUGACUAUAUCAACGCAAAUUACAUGCCUGGCUACCAUUCCAAGAAAGAUUUUAUUGCCACACAAGGGCCUUUACCCAACACUUUGAAAGAUUUUUGGCGUAUGGUUUGGGAGAAAGAUGUAUAUGCUAUUGUUAUGGUGACCAAAUGUAUCGAACAGGGAAGGACCAAAUGUGAAGAGUACUGGCCCUCCAAGCAGUCUCAGGACUACGGGGACAUAACUGUGGCAAUGACAUCAGAAAUUGUCCUUCCAGAAUGGACCAUCAGAGAUUUCACAGUGAAAAAUGUCCAGGCGAGUGAGAGCCACCCUCUGCGACAGUUCCAUUUCACCUCCUGGCCGGACCACGGCGUUCCCGACGCCACGGACCUGCUCAUCAACUUCCGGUACCUUGUUCGUGACUAUAUGAAGCAGAUUCCUCCCGAAUCGCCGAUUCUGGUGCAUUGCAGUGCUGGGGUUGGAAGGACUGGUACUUUCAUAGCCAUUGAUCGUCUCAUCUAUCAGAUAGAGAACGAGAACACUGUGGAUGUGUAUGGGAUUGUGUAUGACCUUCGAAUGCACAGGCCUUUGAUGGUGCAAACCGAGGACCAGUACGUUUUCCUCAAUCAGUGUGUUUUGGAUAUUAUCAGAUCCCAGAAGGACUCAAAGGUCGAUCUCAUCUACCAGAAUACAACUGCAAUGACAAUCUAUGAAAAUCUUGCGCCAGUGACUGCAUUUGGAAAGACAAAUGGUUAUAUUGCCUAAUUCCAAAGGAAAACCUCUCUGGAGUUAACCAGACUGUCACACCACAGCACAGGAAAAUGCCCUCAUGUUGACGUGUUUCUGUAUGCCUGAUAUCUUAAUUCUUUGUUCUGUUUUGUUACAACUAAUUUUGAGGGCGUGAAGCUGUACACGUAAGACUUGACAGAUGAGAAGUUGGGCCAUCAGGGGCUGUGAAUGGGUGGUGAGCAAAUCAACUGCAUUCCUGAUCACCAAUGUGAUGAGUUCACUUUGUUUUCUCUUGAAAUUAUGGAAAACUAGGAAAAGUGAGUAAUAAUUUUUUUUUUUCCUUUUUCAAAACAGGUUCUUUUUAAAAAAGACUAUUUUGUAAGAUUCACAUGCUAAAGCCAGGAUUGUGUUGGGUUGAAUAUUUUUUAAGUAUUAGAGGUCUAUUUUUACCUACUGUAUCUUGGAAUCGAGCUGAUGGAAAAUACAUAAUUGUGGAUGAUUAUUGUGCAGGGAGGGGUCUGUGGUGCCUCUUCUACAUGGGUUUUCUAUUUGAACAUGUGCCUUUUCUGAAUUAUGCUUCCACAGGCAAAACUCAAUAGAUAUCUAUAUUUUUGUAUUGAAUCUCAUAAUUGGAAUAUAUGGAAUAUUUAAACAGUAGUUUAGUAUCAGAGGUUCAGCCUUCUUGGUAACAUUCCUGUUCUCAUUUGGUUAAAGGAGGUCUCUUCACCUCCCACCUCCUACUCCACUAUAUAUUUGUCCUCCAGUUUUCUUCCCUUUUCCCUCCUAGUUUUCUCCCAAAGACGGUUCUGUUAGCAACAUUUUUAACCCAUUGAUUGGGUGAGGGUAGAAACUAAGUAUCACCUUGAGAACUUCUGGGAAGAAAGAAGAGGACCCCCAGGUUGACAUAAUCUCUUUUUCUUGUCCCUGUUUUAUCCUUUUCGCAUUACUGUAUUUGGUAAGAAGGAUUAUUUAAAGGUGCAAUAUGUGACUUAGUGAUUCAUGAUGCUCUAGGUAUUUAGUAAUGUUUUACUCAGGUUGGCAUUUUAUGUGUGUCUGUGUGUCCGUGUGUGUGUUUUUAAAAGUGUGGCAAUCUGUGAACAUUUCAGUGUGAAAACAGUGUCAAAUUAGCCCUUCCUCCCCCAAAAGUCCACUGGCUUUAGUCUCUAUCCGCCGUGACACGUAUGGGUAUCUACUGUGUGUGUGUAUAUACGGAUAUGCACACACUAAACUCUUAAAACAUUUGUUCUUAUAGUCAGAAUUGAGGUGUACAAAGUUUGAGUUUGUAUCAAAGAUGUAAUUAUUUUUAAAACCUCUUUUCAUCAUACUGCUGCUGUAAUUACUUUGAAUUUUUUAAAAUGUAGAUUUUUUUUUUUUUUUUUUGCUUCAGGUGUGUAUCCACCAAGAAUUUCAGAAUUUCUGUGGAUUUAUUUUACUGGUACAUAAUCUGUAAACUUCUCAAGGCAUUAACAUGAAAGGACUUGUUUCUUUUUUAUUUUAUAUUGUGGCUCAGGUUAUAUUGUGAAGAAAUUUUGAGUUUAUCCUCCAAUCAAUAGUCAAUGAAGUAUCUUAGGUCUUAUGAAGGAAAACCCAAGUCCCUGGAGUCCUGUGGCCGUUUUCCACGGUAAUAGGUCCUACUCUAAAUUUAUGACAAAUGGAUCCUAUUGAAAAUGGGGAGCGGGGGCUUCUCCGAGUCCCCUGGUCACUGUUGGUCUGUGGGAGCCUGUUCCCUGACAUGGCCACACUCCGCACCUCGCUGGCACUUUGAUGACAUGUAACUGGUGUUUUAGGGUUCUAAAGGGUGAACCACAACGUACUUACAGCCCUCGAUGCGGUUCAGAGGUUUAGUGCUGUACGUCUUUUGUCCCCCUUUCCCUUUGAGGUACUGAAAGGAUUAAGAGGAGAGGUGGGGGCCGUGCCACGUUUUGGGGUGGGGGGGCUUACUUCCCAAGUGGAAAUUGCACUUUUUGCUGAACCCUUUAUUUACUUUGGUAGUAGGCGGUUCAUUCAGUAUCGGACCCUUACAGGAAUGGGUUGGCCAGGCCAGAGCCGGGGCUCAACUUCAGAGGGAGCUUGGGCUCUGUGGGUCCGAAUCAGGGAGACUACACUGUCCCCAGGGCCUUGUGUGAAGCUGGACUCAGGCGGAUCGUCCCCAUUUAUUCACAUUGGUCUGCCCCUCAACCCAGGCGGCCCUCGAAGAGCUCCGUAACGUCACUCAGAGGUCCCUGUUCAGGUAGCCAUGUCCCUCUCCAUUCUGAUUCAUCUGGAAACCACAGCAGUGGGUGUCUGGGUGUCACAUCCCGUGCGGAUGCUCAGCCCUGUCCUGCCCACAUUGCCGCCAUGGAGAUGGGGAAUUCUCUCUGCAGGAGAAUCAGGAAAGAACUUGGCCUUGAAAAUCCCUCAAGAGAUUAAAAAACAAUCAUUAUAAGCAUAUUGUAUAAAAAAGCAAAACAGAAAACCUCUUCCCUUCUGUCUGCAGUGAGUUUGGGAAAUGGGCAGCAGCUCCAGCAAGCUGUUCUCAGAUGUCAUUCCCAGUGCUGGAGGAAGGCUGGUGGUGGAGAGGUCUGGAAUUCUGAAUGGGAAGGUCACACGAAGGUCACCAUUCUUGUUGGCAUCCGGAAGAGGGCUGUGGGGUGGUGAGGGUAUUUAUAGCACAGUGAUUGCAAAGGGAAGGUCAAUGUGUAAAUAUAAAGGACACAUGGGGUGGGGCCGGUCAGAGGCAAGAGGAAGGUGCUUCUGAGCUGCUACCCCCAAACCCUCCUAGGAACAAUGAACUAAAAUUUGAAGGGCCCAGUGGAAUCAUGCAGGGGUGGAUUUAUCUUCCCUGCAUAGUAUUUGACAAAUGCAUACAGAAAAGCAGCCAGUUGUCAGUGAAAGGGGUUAAGACUGAUGGUCAGCUGACUUGGGAGAUUUUGAGCCUCUGGUAUCUUCUCCCAAGAGCAGGAACUUCUUUUGCCUCCAAAGAUCAAUCUAGUGAUGAUUAGCACCAGUAGGGAAUGGAAUUGGGGGCUGUUUGCUGUGCCCGUCGUAGAAUAACCUCCUGCCAGACUUUGGCAUGAUUGACUCCACUGGAUUUCUGCUUCCUAAAGUCAGAGGCUCCUGGGGGUAGGGGUGGGGGAUGGGGGGUCUCCUAUGCAGCUGACCUAUGUUUGCUUUUCAUCCGGGAUGAAAAAGCCGAUUUUUCUUUUGAAAUGCUUGACUGCGCUUGUUUAGCUAAACAAGUCUUGGUGACUGAUAUUGAUUUGCCUCAAAAGUCCAAGUUCUGAGUUUUCAGACUACUGUGUAGCGGUUGUGUGUUUAACAUACUGUAGCUUUUUCUCCCUUGGGGGCACAUAUGAAUAAGAAGUGUUGAUGUGGACUCUAAACUGUAAUUUUCUUGUAACUAUUUUGGAAUGAUGCAGAUUUCUAAUGUUUGUUAUACUUGUACAGAGUAUUGCUGUUGUUUGCUUUUUUUUUUUUUUAAGGAAAAAAUGGCCUGAA